AUGAGGCUCCUCGGUGGCAUCGUAACAGUCCUCUAUGCUUCCAACGUGAUAGCCGCAAAGGACUCUUCAGAUGAUUUUGACGUCUUGAAAUAUGUCGAUCCUUUGAUUGGCACUGCGAAUGGAGGCCAUGUAUUUGCUGGCGCGACUUUGCCAUUUGGCAUGGCCAAAGCCGUGGCGGACACAACAGGCGAGAAUCAGGCUGGCUUCGCUUAUGAUACGAAAGUUGUGACCGGUUUUUCACACAUGCAUGAUUCUGGAACUGGCGGCGCACCAUCGAUGGGGAAUUUCCCUAUCUUUGCGCAAGGGAAUUGCCCGCAUGACGAUGUUAACCAGUGCAAAUGGCAACAGUCGGACAGAGCAGCUGUCUGGGAUAGAAAAUCCCCUGAAGCUCGCCCAGGAUAUUUCAGCAUUUCAUUGGAGAAUGGCGUUCACGCGGAAAUAACAGCCACAAAUCGAUCUGCUUUAUAUCGGUUCACGUUCAAUGAAACCUCAAGUGAGUCGCUGAGUCCAGUGGUCCUUCUGGAUUUGAUGGAUUUACCGCAAUCUCGAACAAGUGGAAGUGCCGAAGUGGACCGAUCGACUGGGCGUCUCACGGGAAGUGGGACUUUCAGCCCGAGCUUUGGUAUUGGCAGUUAUAAGUCAUAUGUCUGCAUUGAUUUCAAAGGAGCAGAGCUUCGUGACACAGGAAUCUGGGAGAAAAACCAACCAAACAUCAGCAGGCGGACGCUGACACUCGGGUCUGACGCAUCAUCCACUCUCUCGGCCGGUACAUUUGCCAGAUUCCACGCCCCCAAAGACAACAGUAUUCUUGCUCGCGUUGGCGUUAGCUUCAUAAGUGUUCACCAGGCUUGCUCGAACGCGGAGCGAGAACAACCUGACUUUGACUUCGAGGGCACCGUUUCCGCUGCCGAAUCUGCUUGGCGAAAGAAGUUGGAUGUCAUUUCUGUAGAUGCAGAUGGAGUUUCAUCAGAUCUACAAACGGUCUUUUGGAGUGGAGCAUACCGAACAUUCAUCAGCCCCCAAGACUAUACCGGUGAAAACCCUCUCUGGAAAAGUGACGAGCCGUAUUAUGACAGCUACUAUUGUAUAUGGGACUCUUUCCGCAGCAUUCACCCACUGCUGACCCUGGCUGAUCCUUUCUCACAAUCCCUCAUGAUGCGCAGCUUGAUCGACACCUAUAGACACGAAGGAUAUCUGCCUGACUGUCGCAUGUCGCUUUGCAAGGGAUUCACUCAGGGCGGGUCCAACGCAGAUGUGGUUAUGGCAGAUGCGUAUCUGAAAAAGGUUCCGGGUAUCGACUGGGACACUGCAUAUGAAGCUGUUGUCAAGGAUGCAGAGGUAGAGCCCCAAAACUGGGAUGUGGAAGGCCGCGGUGGCUUGCGGAGUUGGAAAAAUCUCGGCUAUAUUCCUUUUGAUGACUAUGAUCCUGAUGGCGAAGGUACACACACUCGGAGCAUAUCGCGGACGGUGGAAUAUGCCUACAACGACUUUUGCAUUGCCGAGAUGGCACAGGGGAUGGGCCACCAGUCCGACUAUGAGAAAUACACGAAACGGUCUGGAAACUGGGCCCACAUGUUCAAGCCCGACCAGAAGUCAACCAUCAACGGGGUCGACACCAACUUCACCGGAUUCCUACAACCUCGAUACACGAACGGCACAUGGGGCUACCAGGACCCGAUCUUGUGUAGUGCGUGGAUGUAUACCUUCUAUGCCCCCCACGACAUGGGCGCUCUUAUCAAGACGCUUGGCGGUGCCGAAUCCUUCACCUCUCGGCUAACCUAUCUCCAUGACUCUGGUUUGCUCUACGUGGGAGAUGAACAGGCCUUCUUACCCAUUUAUCAAUUCCACUACUCGGGACGGCCAGGUCUCUCGGCAAAGCAGAGCCACUUCUAUAUUCCAUCCCAAUUCAACAAGACAGUCAAUGGUAUCGCCGGUAACGAUGAUAGCGGAGCCAUGGGCUCAUUUAUUGUUCUGAGCAUGAUGGGUCUGUGGCCAGUGCCCGGUCAGGACGUUUACCUGAUCACUCCACCGUACUUCAAAGAAGUCAGCAUUCGAAACGCCCUCACUGAAAAGGUCGCCACUAUCCGCAACAUCAAUUUCGAUCCUAAUUACGAGUCCAUCUAUAUCCAGAGUGCCAAGUGGAACGACAAACCAUGGACAAAGAAUUGGAUCACCCAUGACUUCUUCGCUGAGGGUGGUGUUCUUGAACUUGUGCUGGGACCUAAGGAGAGUGAAUGGGGAACUCGUAUUCAGGAUCUCCCGCCGAGUUUGAGCGAUUAUCACUGA